GCUAAUGUGUCUCGGCUAAUGUGUCUUGGCUAAGGUGUCUUGGCUAAUGUGUCUUGGCUAAUGUGUCUUGGCUUAUGUAUCUUGGCUAAGGUGUCUUGGCUAAUGUGUCUUGGCUAAGGUGUCUAGGCUAAUGUGUCUUGGCUAAUGUGUCAUGGCUAAGGUGUCUUGGCUAAUGUGUCUCGGCUAAUGUGUCUUGGCUAAGGUGUCUUGGCUAAUGUGUCUUGGCUAAUGUGUCUUGGCUUAUGUAUCUUGGCUAAGGUGUCUUGGCUAAUGUGUCUUGGCUAAUGUGUCUUGGCUAAGGUGUCUUGGCUAAGGUGUCUUGGCUAAGGUGUCUUGGCUAAUGUGUCUUGGCUAAUGUGUCUUGGCUAAUCUGUUUCGGCUAAUGUGUCUUGGCUAAGGUGUCUUGGCUAAGGUGUCUUGGCUUAGGUGUCUUGGCUAAUGUGUCUUGGCUAAUGUGUCUUGGCUAAUGUGUUCGUUCUGAUCUGUCAUUCUGAUCGUUCGCUUGUGGCUAUCUCACGCUCUGUUUUUUACCAGUAUUUUUGUGUGCAAAUCGUAACUUAUCGUUAUCUGUGCAUAUACAUGGUCUGUGUUGUUUCCUGGUGAUCAUUCCUGUUAUAUCCCGAGAGAUCCUCCUGUGAAUCUGAAGCAGUUAUUUGCGUUUGUUUAUCGUUCCUGUUUGCUGUUAGUUGCAUCUGCAGUUCGUCGCUAUGGCCGCAUCGUGUCCUUCGUGUCUGCAAUCGGUAAUGGGAGAAAGUGUUUACUUGUGUGCUGGUCUAUGCAAUAACACCUACCAUCAAGCUUGUCUGGGGAUCUCGGAUGAAGUUUUGACUGAAAUCCUGAAACCAGGAUCACAAUCAUCGUGGUCCUGCGCGAGCUGUACCGCCCUACGAGGCUGCAAAGCCACGCUGCUGGAGGAGUUUACGGAUAUUCUGUCCAACUUUAAAACGGUGUUGUUGAAUGAAUUUGAUCGUCGCUUAUCAGAAUCGUUUGCUGCAAUUAAAAGCGACAUUCAGACAACGGUCAACAAACGAGACGCUAAUUCGCACACCAUCACGCAGCCUGUAUUGCAAAACGCUCACCUGUUGGAUAUGCAACCUACUCUCUGCAACACUUACACACCGCUCAGUACACGAAAUAGUGACACUAGCACAUCGAGGAAUGCUCCGAAACGUAAUGCGCCUAAACGUAGGCUUGUUGAUUACACUCCACCGAAAACAUCUUCUACCGACAGUGCCGCACCAUUGCUUUUAUGCACGGCUCCCAUCUUAACACCGUCUCGUGCCUUACCAACGGUCCCACCAAAGGAACCGAAAUUUUGGUUGUAUUUGACCCGCAUCGCAAAACGGUCACGGACGCUGAUGUAAAAAUAAUGGUCGCUCACCAAUUAGGCAUCGAUGACGUCACAGUAAUAAAGCUGCUGCCACGGGAUCGCGAUAUGAGCACACUCACCUUUAUAUCAUUCAAGGUCGGGCUGUCGCUGGCGAUCGAAAUAUGGAUAACAGUCUUUGCUCUCGGGGCGGUGGAGUAUUGAUCGCAUGCUCUGCUAUUCUCACCACUUCUGAAGUUACGCAUACUUUUCCAUCGCUCGAGCUUACCUGGAUUUGUAUCAAGAUGAACCAUGUAUCGGUGUUCAUCGGUGUAAUUUACAUCCCGCCUGAUCGUAGAAAUAGUGAAUCCAUCCUGCAUGCUCUACACGAGAGCGUAAGUGUAAUUUUAGAGCGGAUGAAACCCUCUGAUUUGCUGCUGCUGCUGGGUGAUUUUAACACCCCAAAUCUCUGUUGGAGCGUAUCGCCUACGGACACCAAAUGCUACAUUCCUGCUUCAACUUCCGGUAACGACUGGCUACUUACAGACGGUAUGACCCUUAAUGGACUGUCACAGAUUUCGGGAGUGAAAAAUGUGAUCAACCGCCAACUCGAUCUUAUUUUUGCCAAUCCUUUGGCCGCAUCGUCCUGCUCUAAUGUCUGGGAAUCAUCUACACCGCUGCUUAAACUGGACAAAUACCAUCCUGGACUGGAAUUUACCUUGUCAAUCCCAUCGAUCAUACCGGCUCCAACCAGACACAUUCAUCGAAAUCCUGACAUGAACAGAAUCAGACGUUUUAAUUUUCGUAAACUUGACUACCCUACCUUCGUACGGAUCGUAGCUAACUCGGACUUUAACUUCAUCGAAUCUGCUGCAACAAUUGACGACGCCGUGACUCAACUGAACAAUGUUAUCCUUUCAUCCUUUGCCUCUUGCUGUCCUUUUCAAUACCCUCCCUCCAACCCGUUGUGGUCGAACAGGUGUCUUAGAGCUCUUAAAGCUGACAAGAAACGCUCGUUCCGGGCUCUAAGACGUACUCGUACAUCCCAUGCCAUACAAGUCUAUAAAUACGCUUCGACUGCAUACCGUAUCUAUAACAGGGCAUGCUAUAAAUCAUACCUGGCACGCCUUCAGUUUAGAUUUUCCAGUGGCCCUCGAUCAUUCUGGCGUUAUGUCAAUGCUCGUCGCAAAACCAACGGCAUCCCCUCCACUAUUUCCCUGGGCAAUGACGUGGCUGAUACACCCCCUGGCUGCUGCGAACUGUUCGCUAGGCAUUUUUCUGGCGUGUUCGUUGAUCCAUGCAGCAGUACAGUGUCUCUCUCGGAAAGCUUGUCCCUCACACCUAGCAACGUUUUUAGUUGUAACACAGUCGAACUAAAUGUUGAAGUGGUUCUACAAGCCCUAACAAAACUUAAAUUUUCUUUUGCACCAGGUCCAGAUGGAAUACCAUCCUGUGUCCUAAAGAAAUGUAGUGCCUUUUUUGCGCCAAUUUUGCUUCGUCUGUUUUCAAGAUCGUUUCGUGAUGGUAGUUUUCCAUCUAUUUGGAAAACUUCCUGGAUAUGUCCUAUCUUUAAAAAAGGAGAUCGUUCAGUCGCGUCCAAUUUUCGUGGUGUCGCAAUCCUUUGUGCUAUGUCUAAACUCUGUGAAUCCAUCGUCCAAUCGUAUAUCCUUCCUAUAGUGACUAAGUACAUUUCUCCCCACCAGCAUGGCUUUAUGCCUAAACGUUCUACUUCGACAAAUCUUAUGUGUUUUGUGUCUUUUGUGAUGUCCCAUAUCGUUCGUAAAAGUCAAGUAGACGUAAUUUAUACCGACUUUAAAGCAGCCUUCAAUACUUGUUAG